CCGGACGCUGAUUCGGGUGGAGGGGCGUUUUGUUGUGGUAUUUACGAUUCAGGUCCCGAGAGGGGGAUUUUAAAUUUUAAACUCGGUCCAAACUGCCGCCGGAAGUUUUCUACGAAUGCGGGGCGAAGAGUCGUCGGAUUCGGAGUCGGGGAGGAUGGAGGAGAGUUCAGUCCGGAGGAGUUUGGAGACGUUGUGUCAGGAGCUGAACAUGGACGAACAGACCGCCGCCGCGGCCAUGGAGAACUUCACGGCCAUAUGGAAUACAUACACCCUGGAGGGAGAGGUGGUCCACUGGCUCGCCUGUUCUCUGUAUGCAGCCUGCAGGAAGGGAUCUACUCCCACGGUGGGCAAAGGGCUGAUGGAGGGAAACUGCGUCUCCCUCACCAGGAUCCUUCGCUCAUCCAAACUCAGCCUGAUCCAGUUCUUCUCUAAGAUGAAGAAGUGGGCCGACAUGUCCAACCUGUGCCAGGACUUCAGGCUGCGCAUGGACCGGCUGGAGCGCAACUUUGAGGUUUCCACAGUGAUCUUCCGCAAGUUUGAGCCCAUCUUCAUGGACAUGUUUCAGAACCCGCAGGGAGCUGAGCCGCCACGCCAGCCACGCAGCAGGAAACACAGGCGGCUGCCGUGUCACAUCAGUGAUGUGUUCAAGUUCUGCUGGAUGCUGUUUGUCUACACCAAAGGUAACUUCCGUAUGAUUGGUGAUGACCUGGUGAACUCGUACCACCUGCUGCUCUGCUGUCUGGACCUGGUGUUUGGAAACGCUCUUCUCUGUGCCAACAGGAAGGACCUCAUCAACCCGGCUUUCAGAGGUCUGCCAGCUCUCUACCGUGCUGAUGGGCACGUUUCAGUGGAGGAGCCUCCUCCGUGUGUGUUGGAGAGGUUGUGUGAGCUGCAUGAUGGACUGGUGGUGGAGGCCAAAGGCAUCAAGCAGCACUACUUUAGACCCUACAUACAGAAACUGUUUCAGAAACAGAUCCUGAAAGGCAACGGGGAGCUUUUAACAGAACUGUUGGAUCCUCUGAACUUCAUCGAUAACAAUAAAGCCAUAAACAGGGAGUACGAGGAGUACGUGCUGACGGUGGGAGAUUUUGAUGAACGAGUGUUUCUGGGAGCUGAUGCCGACGAGGAGAUCGGAACCCCGAGGAAGAUUGUUCAGGAACCGUCUGUCAGCCAGACGACCUCUCAGAACCAGCUGCAUCAGCAUGUAGAGAAGUCCGGCUCUCUGGCUCCGUCCACCCCUCUGACCGGACGGGUUUACCUGAAGGAGAAGGACCUGCUCGUCACGCCCGUCUCCUCGGCGACGCAGAGCGUCAGCCGGCUGCAGAGCAUGGUGGCCGGGUUACGGACGGCGCCCAGCGACCACCUGAUUCAGAUAUUCAAGUCCUGCUCCAGAAAUCCCACUGAGUCCAUACUGGCCAGAGUAAAGACACUGGGACAAACCUUCAAAGAACACUACACCAACGACUCAGAGGACACACCUGGAUCUCAUAUAGACUUUGCAGAGAACCGUCUGAAGAUGGCCGAGAUCCUUUACUACAAGACCCUGGAGAACGUCAUGGUUCAGGAGACCAAACGGCUGCAAGGCAAAGACAUGAGUGUGUUGUUGGAGCAGGACAUCUUCCACUGUUCCCUGAUGGCGUGUUGUCUGGAGGUGGUGUUGUUCUCCUACAGCUCCCAGAGAACCUUCCCCUGGAUCAUCAAGGUCUUCAAACUGGCCCCGUUCUACUUCUUUAAGGUGAUCGAGGUGUUUAUCCGCUCAGAGGAGGGCCUGUCCAGGGACAUGGUGAAGCACCUGAACUCAAUCGAGGAGCAGGUUCUGGAGAGCAGAGCGUGGACUGCAGACUCGGCCCUGUGGAGCGCCCUGCAGGCUGCUGGGAACAAGGUCCCCACAGUGGAGGAGGUGAAUUUUUCCUCCAGUCUCGACACAGGUUCAGGUUCCGGUUCUGGUUCCACCGGCGUGGGUCAGUCCCACCUGCCUCUGGUUGCCCUCUCUCCCAUCAUCCACCCACGCAUCAGGGAGUUCCGAUCAGGCCUGGGCAGCGCCCGUAAAGACGUGCCUCCCUCUCCACUGUCGGUCCAUGACAGGUACAGCUCACCUGCAGCCGGCAGCGCCAAGCGGCGUCUUUUCGGCGACGACCCUCCGGCCCCGACAUCAGGACUGAGCGUGAGCCCGGCGUCGUCUCCGGCCAAAAGGUUGACUUUCAGCUCGAGCAGCACCCUGAAGAUCGGAAGCCAGGGCACCCAGGCCACCGUGCUCAGUGUGCCGCUGCAAGGUGUGAACACUGACCGCACUAUCACACUGAUCCCAGUUCAGUCGUGUGACGCCUCCGGUGCCAUCACCGCUCAGUUUCUGCUGACCGCCUCCCCGACCCGAGUCCCCGCCGCUGCCCCUGCCGCAGCACCCACGACCUCCGACCCCCAGGCAGGAAUCGGACGGCCGCGGCGCACUGGAUCACUCGCUCUGUUCUUCAGGAAGGUGUAUCACCUGGCCAGCGUGCGUCUGAGGGAUCUGUGUGUGAAGUUGGACAUCUCUUCGGAGCUGCGUGGGAAAAUCUGGACGUGUUUUGAACACUCCCUCGUCCACUGCACUGACCUGAUGAAGGACCGACACCUCGACCAGCUGCUGCUCUGUAGCAUUUACAUCAUUUCCAAAAUCACCAAAGAGACUCACACCUUCCAGGACAUCAUGAAGUGUUACCGCAGCCAACCACAGGCCAGCAGCCAUGUGUACCGCAGUGUGUUACUGCGUCACACGCUCAGAGAGCAGGUGGCUGAUGAGAACAUGGAGGUGGAUCCUGUGUCUGGUGGAGAAUCUGCUGAGAAAACCAAUCAGGUCUCAGGAGAAGCGAACUCCGACCAAUCAGGCGAGGAGGAACGUGGUGACCUCAUCCAGUUUUACAACACCGUGUACGUCCUGAAGAUGAAGAGCUUUGCUCUGCGAUACGCCGUCCACGAUAACCGGGCCGACGCUCCUCCGCUCUCUCCGUUCCCGUCGGUCCGGGCUCAGCCUCUCUCUCCUCGCCGGGUCUCUCAGAGACACUCGCUGUACGUCUCCCCCCACAAGAACUCUGCAGGAUGCCUCACCCCGAACUCCUACACCUACAGGAUCAACAGCAGCCCGUCCAAGGAGUUAUCAGACAUCAACCGGAUGAUCAGACAGGGCUGUGUGAGCAGGAAGAGGGCCUUCACCAUGGAGGGAGAUGUGAUGAUGUCAUCAGCAGUGUGCGACUCCCCCAGUAAGAGGGCGUGUCCAGAGAACGGCAGCAGCCCAGAUGUGCUGCUGAAGCGGCUGCAGGAUGUCGUGUCCGAGCGGCAGAGUCGCUGAGUGGACUUUCAUCACAGCUCCUGACGUUACUGAGCGUCGUCACCGCCGCCAGCGCCUGUUUACAUCAUGACCUGAGGGUCACAGAACCCGUGCAGUUCAAGCCAUUUCUUUUUAUCCAAAGCAGAUUUUAAUUCCACCUCCCGACCCCAAAACUUUGACUCUGGUACCAGUAAUAAUAUCUGAGUGAUAUUUAAACACAGUCGAGCAGACAAACACUCACUGAGACGUUUUACUACCUCUUCACUUUGAGUUUUGUAGCUCGAGUGAACUUUGAUCAUCAUCUCAACUCAAAUUAAUCACCAUUUAAAAUACUUGUCUUAAGACAAACUCCACACAAAAUAAUCACGUCUCUCGUCUCUGUGGGAUAAAAAUCUCACGCCCACGUCAACCUGCCGUCACACAGCCGCACAACAGAACAGUGUUUCCUUAGAUACGAGCCAGAACAGUGUCAACUUCCUUAGCAUCCAACACUGAAUGCAGGUGUUAUUGGACGUUUUCGUUUGAAAACAUUGGUGCCAUCGUGUUCAGUCUGGGUGAGAACAGAGGGAAUCGAACGUCUCACCUCUGCUCACACACACACACACACAAAAAAAAAACAACAGUAUUAAAAGAAAAAAUUAAGUCUAAGAAGUGAAAAGGAGACGCUCACUGAUGUGGUCCGAUGCCACACUUCAGAUAUCAGGGACUGGAACGAGCUGAUGGUUUAACUCUGAUCCACACACACACACACACAGUUUUCAAAGAUUUGAACUUUAAAACAAGUCGACUGUUUAACUUGUGUAAAUAGUUUCCUUUAACAUGAUCUGACAAAUCAAGCUCUGUACAUUCUGUAGCAUUAACAAGUCUUCACCACAGUAUCUGUGAUCUUUCUACUUUUCAUGGAGAUUUUAUUGAGGAAGAUUUUAUUCUUUUACUAAUCAGUUUUAAUCAUUUUGUUAAAUCUUUCCUUUCGUGGUUAUGAACCAUUAAAUGUUGUAUAAUGCUGAUAACAGGUUUAAUGCUAACAACAAAAGUGCUGGAGUGAAGCAGCACGUUCGUACCUGAGUGUGUAGUAUCUACACAAUACAGUUUAACAUUCACUCAUACAACAGCACAGCUGUUAGGAAUCAGUCUGUAACUUCAACAUCUGUUUAGUUCACAUCUGGUUUGCUAAAGCACAUGAGCAGACAGACUCUAAUGGGUGAGGAUCUGUCGCUCUGUUUCCUGCUCUGUAUCUUUGCUUUUCAGGGACAUUUGUAUUUUCUAUAGUUCCAGGUUUCGUAAAAUAAAAUGACUGAC